AUGCCUCGAACCACUAUGAGAUUGGAAAGUAAGACGAGGGCAUGCGCAAUAAAUGAGAGGAGAAUCUGGGAACCACUCCAUCUUGACAACCUCAACGACCCACAGGCUGCAUCCGACCGUCGGUCUGUCCUUAAUCUUAUUCGAAGUGUCUACGACCCUAUACUUGCCAAUUGGAUUGCUGGUGGGGUUAAUUCCUGGCAACAAAUGCUCAGAAGAAGAAAAAUCCAUAUUGAUAUUUUCCGACAGCUUAGCGCUAGAACAGGGGAGCUGCCACAAAGCGUUCAGUCUAUAGAGAGUCAACGCGUCCUUGUUGAAAUAUUAAUCGACAUCCUUAAGUAUUACCGAUUUACUGAUCCCGUCUGGAGGGUACCUGCCCCUGGUGUCGCUGCCCCUCUUCCUCCGCCACCACCUCCUCCCGCUGCUCCCGCUGCUGUCGCUACACCUUCCCCUGGGAGCGAAGAUGAGAGUCUUGAUGAUGCUGCAAGCCCUGUUAGUCCACUAGAUGUACUUGCAGAUGGUGCAGUGCAAGCGCUUGAAUCUGGCGCUACUACUACUGCUACUGCUACUGCUACUGCUACUGCUACUGCUACUGCUACUGCUACUGCUAAUGCUCUUAGUCCACUAGAAGUCCUUGCAGAAGCUGCAAGCUUAGCCCAGCCUAUCCCUGUGCCUCCCACUACGUCUUCUCUUGACAUACUUGCAGCAGUUGCCAGCACAAGGCCGUAUGUUCGUUUCCCUGUCCCCACCCCGACUCCAUCUCCUUGUCCCACCCCAGCUGAUUCUCCUGCUCCUGGAACUAAGCGAGCCAGGAACGACAAGUCCGAGGAUGAAUCUGAGCAACCUGCCAAGAAGAAGCAAGCGGUGAGUCCGAAGUGA